UGCAUUGCGAACCAAAUAGUUUCAAAAUGGAGCACAUAGCAAUGAGAGUUGUGAUCCUUGGAUAAAAUAUUUUUUAAUUUUGCCCUGUAUUUAAAAGUAGACAAUCAUGGCUGUGUACUUUGAUCAUCGAUUGGAUACUGACCGCAGUGGAAUAAACAUUGACACACAGUGGUAUGAUGGCAGUCCAAUUCUCGCAGUGAAUACAUACAGUGAUGACACUGGGGGAUCCGUAAAUCUCUUUCUUGAUGAGGGAGAGAAGCUGCUAAAUAUUCCACUGACCCGCACAUGUCAGGCCACCGCCAUGGCGUGGCACCCUACAAAGAAGAUCCUUGCGGUAGGCUGGGACAAUGGGGAACUGUUGGUGUGGAACGAACAUGACCACGAGCUGCACGAGUCACUCCCUCUACACAAGACCAGCAUUACUGUCCUUGGAUGGAGUUCAGCGGGGACCAGACUUUCAUCUGGAGACAAGGCUGGGGUUUUAAUGGUAUGGAAAGCUGAUGCCAAAGGCCGGCUCCAACAGAAUCCUUUACAUCAGCACCACAUACAGGAGCCACUCAAGAUCAUGUUGUAUAGACCGGUCCCUCCUCCAGAUCCUAAUAAUGACAUAGCACAACUUGCCCGGGCUGCUGUUAGUGGGGAUGAGAGUGCUUUAGAUAUGUUUAACUGGAAGAAAGGAAAGAACAAUGCAAGAGGAGGGGCACCUUUUGGGGCCCAGGAGGCUCUGACCUUCUUUGUUGGUGGAGCGACAGGUGGUGUGUACUAUGUAAAUGAUGCAGGCCAGUGUGCCCAGAUCUUCAAUGUAGAUGGACCUGUUUUGACCUUGCUGCACUAUGAUGAAAAGAACAUUCUGAUCACGGUCACAGAAAGCAUGUUGCUGACUCAGCAUUUCAUUACUCCUGAGGGAGAAGCCAGGGAGGUUCUGAAGGUUAAAAUGAGUGGAAGAGGAGAUUCAAAAACCAUCGUUUGGGCAGGGCUGGGAAUCUUGGCCACAUCUCUUGGAGAAGGUGUUGUGAGGAUGUGGGACUUGGAACAUGAAGAUAAUUACAUACUGAGCCUAGAAGGCCACAACAGUUACGAUCAUAAUGAGAGCAUCACUUGUAUCUCAUACUGUCCCGAAAAAGGAACUUUGGCUGGAGGAACCAACAUGGGAAAUGUUGCUUUAUGGAAGUAUUCUCCACCUCUUACUGGGAAAGUUGUGGAUGGAGAGAUGAAGUGGAAACUACAGGCCCCAGCCACAGUGGAGGGUCCCAUCAAACAGAUAAGGUGGGGAUCCAACAAGCACCUGCUGGCAGUAAAUACAAUUGCCAAUGUGUUCAUGCUUAAUGAGCAAGUGAUGAGUGCAGGCUUCAAGGAGCAGACUGCAGUUGUUCAGUAUGGACCUAGCUCCUUAUCUGUGGAGGUGUUCUCCAACAUGGCCCAUCACGAUCUAAAGACUGAUAUUCAAGUGAAGGGCAUAUUCACAACCAAAGAUGCUUUAGCAGUGUGGAAUGGUCGGAGAGUGAUUACAUAUGAAUAUUCUGCUGACAAGUCUAGCAUCAAAGCGGCUGGAACAUUUACCACAGAAACCAUGAAUGUUUGUCUCCAUGAACAGAAUGUCUACUGCAUAGAGGCAAUGAAAGUGCAAGUUAGAACCCAUCAGGGUACAGUCAAACAGACUAUAAACUUUUCGGAGCCCGAGGGACAGCCGGUCAGUAUAGAUGUAUGUGGAAACUACCUGGUCAUUGGAACCAAUAUAGGAUUGGUCAGAGUGUACGACCUUUCAAGAAGAGAGGCCAAGCCCCACAGUCAGCCUAGAAAUCUAGGGGAAAUAAUUCCUGGAUUUGGAUCCAUUAUUUCCUGCAAAUGUAACUGUAGUGGAACUAGAGUCAGUGUCUUGGUCAAGUCGACAAAUGAUGCUGUUGACCCCAAGCUAUAUUUCUGGGACACAGAUAUAGACCAGGUAUCGUACUUUAACUUUGAGACUGGGCGGGGAGAGCAGGAUGACUUCCCCCCGGAGCAAGUGGAGGGGGUGGAGGGGGACACCAAUGACGCAGAGAGAGGAAAAACUCAGGCUGCCAAAGACAUUGCUGGACGGUCUCCAAUGACCCACUAUUGGGAUGCUCAUGACCCCAAACUCAUUGUCUGUGAAGCUAAAAUUCUAAUGGAUAUAUUUCAUAAGAAGGAGAAAGAGGAGAAGAAGAUUGUAUCCUUGUCCAAGACCAUGGAUGAUGGACCAGUGGAGGUGAUGAUCGUAUCUUUGUUCAGCACCCCAGAGAAUGGGAUUCUGAUUCAGGACAGCUUUCCCCUCCCCGAGCAGUACCAGACACUGCUAGGCAUAGAGGUCCCCUAUCACUACUUUGUCAACAAGUCCGAGAACACGAGUGAUGACGACGGACAGGGAGAUGGUCCCCGCCCAGAGGCCGUGUCCCCCAGGAUGGUGGCCAGGAGGACAAUGAGGGAUUUUGUGGGGCUGGAAGACAGCGACAAAAACACCAAGGACGCCAUGCUUAACUUUAGCUACUACCUGACCAUUGGCAACAUGGACGAAGCUUUCAAGGCGAUCAAGCUCAUCAAAAGUGAGUCUGUAUGGGAGAACAUGGCCAAGAUGUGUGUCAAGAGUCGCCGUCUGGACGUGGCCAGUGUGUGUCUGGGCAACAUGGGCCAUGCCCGGGGUGCCCGGGCACUGAGGGAAGCCAUGAAAGAGCCAGAACUUGACGCCAAAGUGGCAGUUCUAGCCAUGCAGCUUGGACUCAAGGAGGAUGCGGAGAGAUUACUGAAGAACUGUAAGCGUUAUGAUUUGUUGAACGAAUUCUACCAGUCUAUUGGAGAUUGGAAGAAAGCCCUGGAAACGGCCGAGAUGUACGACCGCAUUCAUUUGAGGACCACUUACUUUAACUUCGCCAAGCACCUAGAAAUGAAGGGUGAAUACUCUGAGGCUAUUCCAAACUAUGAAAAAUCAGACACUCACCGAUUUGAGGUCCCUAGAAUGCUGUUUGAUGAGCCAGAGGCUCUAGAACACUACAUCAGCAUGCAUAAAGACAAAGCAUUACACAAAUGGUGGGCUCAGUACAUGGAGAGUACAGGCGAUAUGGAGAACGCUCUCCAGUACUACGAAAAUGCCCAGGAUUAUCUCUCCUUAGUCCGCGUCUACUGCUACUGUGGUCAGAUGGACAAGGCAGCCGAGAUAUGUAACAACACUGGUGAUCGUGCAGCCUGUUAUCACUUGGGGCGACAGUAUGAGAACCAGGACCAGAUUAAGGAGGCGAUUCACUUCUUUACCCGGGCCCAGGCUUACUUUAAUGCCAUCAGACUCUGUAAAGAGCAUGGUAUGGAGGAUCAGCUGAUGAACCUGGCUCUAAUGGGACGUCCCGAGGACAUGAUAGAGGCAGCGCGCUAUUACGAACAGAAGCCCGGGGCCCAGGACAAAGCUGUCAUGUUGUACCACAAGGCAAGAAAUUUCUCCAAAGCUUUGGAUCUCUCAUUCCGAGCCCGCCAGUUUGGAGCUCUGCAGCUUAUAUCUGGUGAGCUUGACGAGAGAGCGGACCCAGAACUACUGAAGCGGUGCGGUGAUUUCUUCAUGGAGAACGGACAGUACGACAAGGCGGUAGAUCUACUUGCCAUCGGUAAAAAGUAUUGGGAGGCUUUAAAGAUCUGCAUGGACCAGACAGUAGAGAUUAACGAAGACUUGGCAGAGAAACUGACUCCAAGCAAGGAUGAUGCAGGAAUCGACACGAUGGAGCGGGUCAAAAUCUUGGAGGCCAUCGCGGAGGUCUGCAUGCAUCAGGGAGAGUACCACUUGGCUACAAAGAAGUUUACACAGGCCGGAAAUAAAAUCAAGGCAAUGAAAGCUCUAUUGAAGUCUGGAGACACAGAGAAGAUCUGUUUCUUUGCUAACGUCUCCAGACAGAAGGAGAUUUACAUCAUGGCUGCCAACUACCUUCAGUCGUUAGACUGGCGAAAAGACCCCGAAAUUAUGAAGAACAUCAUAGGGUUCUACACCAAAGGGAGAGCACUGGACUCCCUGGCUGGAUUCUAUGAUGCUUGUGCACAGGUGGAGAUAGACGAAUAUCAAGACUAUGAGAAAGCUUUACGUGCAUUAGGAGAGGCCUACAAGUGUCUCACUAAGGCCAAGAUGAAUGACGAAAUGUUACUGGAAGAAAGAUUAGCUCAGCUGAAAAAUAAGAUGGCACUGAUAAAGAAAUUUGUCACUGCUAGAAGGGCGUUUGAAGAGAAUCCUGAGGAGGGAAUCAAGCAGUGUCAGAUUCUGUUAGAGGAGCCUGAUCUAGAGUCAGGGGUGCGUGUAGGGGAUGUGUAUGGGGUCAUGAUCGAGUAUUACGCCCGCAGGGACAGAUGGAAAGCUGCUCAUGCAGCAAUAGAAGAAAUGAAGAGUAGGAUCCCCAAUAUGAACAUAGGUUAUUAUGUUAAUAUGAGAACUGUAGAAGCAGUGUAUCGUGCUUUGGACAUUCCCAUGGGGGAUAUGAAUAGAGGAAAGAUGAAUGGAGUGAUGGAUGAGGAAGAUGGAGAGAUUGUAGAAGAGGAAGUGGAUAAUAUUUAUGGACAUGAUGAAGUCUGAUCUCCAGUGCAAAUGCUGCCUGCUAGGUUUUCAUUCCAGCCAUUUUCUGUGAUACUCGACCAUGUUGUAACACAGUUGUGAUUAAUACAGUACUCUUACUGGGGCCACACGCCAGAUAGUCAGCUUUACAAACACUAGUAUAUGAACUUUAAACUUUUACUGGAAUUUCUUGUCUCCAUCCAAAGUACAGAUAUUUUUUAUGUGUACCCUUGAAAGAUGUUUAUUUUCUAGACAUUUCUGAUUUUUUAUCAUCAUAGUUUGUGGAAACGUGUGACAUUUUUACAUAUUUAAUUUAAAAGUUGUAUUGGUUUUAAACCCAAUUAAAUUUGCAAGGCUAGUUGUAUCUGUAAAAUGUGUACAUUUGAUGCACUGCUAUGUAAUUUGCUGAUUUUGUGGAAGUCCAAGAAAAAAAAUAUCCCUCUAUCUUUACAUUUAUUCCAAUGGUUAUAACCCUUAAAAAAGUUUGAAGUGAAGCACUCAGGAAAAUAUAUUUAUGUUUUAAUAAAGAAGACGAAAAUAAUGAAGUACAUUGCUACAAUGUAUUGAACUUUAUCUCAGUCAUAUGUGAUAUUUCAUCUUAUGAGUUAUAUUGUGUGUAGAUCAUGACUGAACUAGUAGAUUCUGUUUUUCUGUUCCAAUGUCCACCCUUUAUACAUAUAUAUAUUUGUGAUGAAUGCAGAAUCUCACAAUGCAUAUCAGUGGUUGUGUCUGGUGAUUGUUAAUGUUUUUUGUAUUUGACCAUUUUUGCUCGGAAUUUUUUGUUUUGUCUUUUAUGUUAUUCUAUUUUUUUCCAUAUAUACAACACAGAUUUUAAUUUCAAGAUUUGAUUUGGUACUGCAUUUGGAUUUCGAUCUAAUGUUCUCAAGUCUAUGCGAGAACCUUUCUCUGUCAGUGAUUUUAUAUCCCCAUCCCAAACCUCCCUAACAAAAUGUUUGAACAAGAAUAGGUUACAUGUUGUUUCUGUCAGCUACUGCUUUUCACAUUUCAUAAAGAAUCCAGGUAUCAAGUAAAUUGAUUCAGAUAAUAUCGAUUUCCUUUUCUUUCUUUUUCCUUUCAUUUUAUGUGUUCACCAUUUUGAUAUGUACCCAUGGAUAAUGCAUUAAUAAGUAACGUGAUUUUUUCCUCGAUGUAGCUACAUGUAGGUUGUUGAAUGUCCUAUUUAUAUACAAUGACAGCAUCCUUGUUAGUGUUGUGAUCUAAUACCAUGUGAUAUGAGGAUUCUCUCCUGGUUUGAUUUUAUAAUUAUUAUCCACUUAGUGCUGAUCACAUGACCUUUGUCACCAGAAAUGUGGUCACAUGAUACAUAUAAUUGAAUGUGAAAGUGAUUUAUAUAGCUCUUAAAUCUGGUGCCGUCCAUUUUCUUAUUGAUUGAACUGAAAGUCUCAUUGAUGCUGUAAUAAAAGCUUAAAAAAUGAA